UGAUGCCUCCAGUAAUACAGUCCAUACCACCACCAAAGAGAGGAGGAGGCUGCUUCUGCAAGUGCAUUUGUUGGACCCUAAGCUUGCUUCUCAUUCUCAUCAUCAUCUUGGGAGCAACUUUAGGAGCCCUUUACCUUAUUUUCAAGCCAAAGCUACCCAAUUACUCAGUCGAAAGCCUAAGGAUAGGUGAUCUGAGGCUGAACUUGGACAUGACCCUGGAUGCAAAGUUUGAUGUGAAGAUCACAGCAAACAACCCCAACGAGAAUAUUGGAAUUUACUAUGAGAAAGGAGGAAGGCUAAGUGUAUGGUUCACAAAAACUCAGCUUUGUGAGGGGUCACUGCCCAUAUUCUACCAAGGUCAUCGGAACAGAACAGUGCUUGAUGUGUCCUUAAGUGGGCAAGUGGAAUCAGGAACCACAUUAAUGGCUGCCCUGCAACAGCAGCAACAGACAGGGAGAGUUCCAUUGGAUCUUAAGAUACAUGCACCAGUAGCUAUCAAACUUGGGAGCUUGAAGCUGAGGAAGGUCAGAAUCUUGGGGAAAUGCAUGUUGGUGGUUGAUAGCUUAUCUGCUAAUAGUCUCAUAAGCAUCAAAGCUAGCAACUGUAAAUUCCGACUGAAACUUUAAUUUUUCAUAACCUGAGUUGUCUUAUUCUUUAUUUAUAUAGAUUUUGCCCUUUAGUUGCAGUCUAUUGGAAUAUAUCCCUUGUUUUUAUAUUGAAACAUUCUUUUUCUGAAUGAUAUGUUAACAUAGAAGCAUUUCCUUGCCUUUAUUUUGUUUUCUGUUUUUUUUUUAAUUACUAUUAGCAUUCAUUUGAUUUGAACUUCUUGUUUCGCCUCCCAGUGGA